AUGGACCACCAAGCACAACCCGUCGACACACAACAGCCACCUGCGCUCAACCUCCUCGGCCAGCUCAUCGCCCGUCUCUCCGAGUACGGCCAAAAUGCCACCAACAACAUCUCCCAAGGCUUCAACAACAUGUCCCCGCAGUCAUGGAUACGCGUCAUCGUCAUUGCAGGUGGAUACAUGCUCCUCCGGCCCUAUCUCAUGAAGGCCGUCACCAAGGGCGCCGUGGAGAAGAUGGAGCGGGACGACAAGAAGGAACGCGGCGAGGACGGCACGCUGCCUCACCCGGAGCUCACGCCCAAUGAGUACCGCGGCAUCAAGGACAAGUUGUAUGCGGAUGAUGAGAAUACCGGCGGUGAUGGCACGACGUCUGAUUGGGGUCAGAAGGCGCGGGUGCGGCAGCGGAAGAUGCUGAGGGAGCUGCUGGAGGAGGAUGAGAGGAGGAGGGCGGCGCUGGAUGAGGAUGCUGAUAUCCAGGAGUUUUUGGAGGAUUGA